AGCCGGCUCGUCGCCAGUCGCCUCCCUCGCUCUCGCGCCUACUCUACUUCUUCCUCACCUUCUUACAGGGCAAAUUGGAAGACAAGCACCAAGCAAAACCCUAAACCUCGACAGUAACAGUAGCCCGCCUCUUUCAAUCCUUCGCCCUCUUUAGUUUUUGCUAUUCAGUUCCCGCCAUAGCUGCAACCGCCCCACUCUUUCGCCUGAAAAGCCCAACAUGGCUCAGAUACCGGAGUGUGCAACGGAGUCUGUUGAGGCAGUUGCAUUCAGUUUCUUGACCACUGAAGAAAUACAGAAGACUAGCUUUGUGAAGAUAACAAAUCCCAUUUUGGUUGAUGGUGUAGAAAGGCCCGUGCCUGGUGGACUCUAUGAUCCUGCAUUAGGUCCACCAGAUGACAGGACUCUUUGUAAAUCAUGCGGUCAGCCUUCCAAACUUUGCCCCGGUCAUUUUGGUCAUAUUGAGCUUGUUUCCCCUGUCUAUAAUCCUUUGCUGUUCAAUAUACUUAGCAGUAUUCUGCAAAGAACUUGUUUCUCUUGCCAUUUUUUUCGGGCUAGCAGAGAUGAGGUGGAGAAAUUUACAUCCCAAUUGGAGCUCAUUGUGAAGGGGGACAUUAUUGGGGCCAAAAAAUUGGAUUCACCUGAACCAAGUGAGUCUACAUGUUUGGGUGAUGAUGAUUGGAUACAGAGUCAUAGUGCUGAUCACUUGCCAGGAAAGUGGAACUCACAUCAAUUUAGUGAAGCAAUGUCGAUUCUAAACAAUUUUCUGAAACGGGAACCUAAGAAGUGCAGAAGGUGUGGGUCUCAUAAUCCAAAAAUUAGUAAACCAACCUUUGGGUGGUUUUAUGUGAGUGAUCUCUCAAGUGAAAAAGCUAGAGGAAAUGUCAUUAGACAUUACGCUGAUGAAAUUAUCAGUGAUGUUAUGCCUUCAGAAAAUCGGGAUAAUUCGGAUGAAGAUAUGCCUUCUGCUACUUCUGCUGGGACUAUUAAUAGUGCUUCAAAACAGGCAUCAUCUGAAAAAACGUGAGGAAUUGGCUGGUGCAUUUGCUAAGCAUAAGAAAUUUUCUGGGCCUUUGUUACCAUCAGAGGUCAAAGGUAUAUUGGAACUCUGUGGAAAAACGAGGCUCGAUUCUGUUCUCGUAUUAGUGACAUUCAAGAUCUGGGAUUUGGAAAGCAAGCAGGUCAUUCAAUGUUCUUUCUGGAGACUAUUC